GACUCUGGUCUGUGCUAGUGUGCUGUGGCUGUUGGCAACACUGCAUCUUGCAUCUUUCGAUCUUUUCGUUCCUUUCCGACUUUUGACAGCAUUGAAUUACAAAGCUUCAAAAUGUUGAUGCCAAAAAAGAAUAGAGUUGCUAUCUUUGAGUACCUCUUCAAAGAGGGUGUUAUGGUGGCCAAAAAGGAUUACCAUGCUCCCAAACACCCUGAAUUGGAAACUAUUCCUAACUUGCAAGUUAUCAAAGCUCUUCAAUCUUUGAAAUCUAAAGGUUAUGUCAAGGAACAGUUUGCCUGGAGACACUAUUAUUGGUACUUGACCAACUCUGGCAUUGAAUACCUCCGCACCUUCUUGCACUUGCCCCCUGAAAUCGUCCCAUCUACCCUCAAAAGGCCUGCACGUACAGAGACCACUCGUCCUCGACCUGCCGCUCUCAGAUCAGAAACAUCCAAGCCUUCCGAAGAUCGUGCUGGCUACAGAAGGACACCUGGAGGCCCAGGGGCCGACAAAAAAGCCGACGUUGGACCUGGAACUGCCGAUGUUGAGUUCCGGCAAGGAUUCGGCCGUGGUAGGGCACCCCAGUAACUGUACUGUAAUUAUAUUU